CAGCAUUAUGUAAUGUAAUUAGUAAGUCUUAAGAGGCACUGCUGUGACUGCUCUACCUUUUCAGCCUGUAUACCUGGACGAGGCGUAAUUCAUUUUGUGAUCAGCUGGCAAGUUAUCUGGGGAAGACUCUCCUUUGCGUUGGAUCUGCUGAAGCUGUGGAGUGGCAGUUUUUCAAGCUUUCAAUAGAAGCAUUAUAUCAUUGUGCUGCAAGUGGGAUGGAAGAUCACUGCACACACACACAGCUAACUUUAGCCCCACUGCAACGGUGUACGGACAUGUGCAGCUCCUUUCACUUACGUCUCCAGGACCAGGCUCUACACAGAGUUUGGUUUUAGUGAUGACUGGAUAGAUCUCUGUAAUCUCCGCGCUCUCUUCCUGCCCUCUUUCACCUCUGACAGCAGUGUCAGCUGGGUUUUGCCAAGGUGGUUUUUACCCCCAUUCCUUACAAUGUCCUAUAGUCAGUAGCAUACUUUCUUUAGGAGGAAUUACAGUUGUUCUACUUUCUGAGACACCUGGCGAUUUUAUGCAAAAGGCCAUGAAGAUUUAUGACCGUGUGAAGUCUAGAAACAUUCCCAAGAAUACCUGGCAAUGGCAUAUCCAGGACCCAGCAAGCCAGCUGCUAACGUGGAACAAGCCACCAAAAAGUGUAUUGGUGAUCAAAAAGGUCAGAGACACGAGUGUACUGCAGCCUUUCAAAGAGCUGUGUGUGUUUCUCACAGAGCAAAAGAACAUGAUUGUGUAUGUUGAGAAGAAAGUAUUGGAAGACCCCGCCAUUGCGAAUGAUGAGAUUUUUGGACCAGUAAAGAAGAAGUUUUGCACUUUUAGAGAAGAUUUUGAUGACAUCUCUAACCAGAUUGACUUCAUUAUUUGCCUUGGAGGAGAUGGGACCUUGCUGUAUGCUUCAUCACUGUUUCAGGACAGUGUGCCACCGGUAAUGGCCUUUCACUUGGGAUCACUGGGAUUCCUCACCCCUUUUAGUUUUGACAACUUCCAGACUCAAGUCACUCAGGUUAUAGAAGGUAAUGCGGCUCUUGUACUACGCAGCAGGCUGAAAGUCAAGGUAGUGAAGGAGCACAAGGAGAAGAAGUCUAUUCUACAGAACGGAAUGGAAGAGAAUGGGAUGAUUGCUAUUCCGCCUGAGAAGGAGCUUGUCAAACAAACCAAGUAUCAGGUCCUGAAUGAAGUAGUAGUGGACAGAGGCCCUUCCUCUUAUCUCUCCAACUUGGACGUCUUCCUAGAUGGGCACCUUAUCACUACAGUACAAGGAGACGGAGUCAUUGUCUCCACGCCGACGGGCAGUACCGCAUACGCAGCUGCAGCCGGAGCCUCCAUGAUUCAUCCCAAUGUACCUGCCAUUAUGAUCACCCCCAUCUGUCCCCACUCUCUGUCCUUCCGACCAAUCGUGGUCCCUGCUGGGGUGGAGCUAAAGAUCAUGCUCUCUCCGGAUGCACGUAACACCGCAUGGGUCUCGUUUGAUGGGAGAAAGAGGCAGGAAGUUUGCCAUGGAGACAGUAUUAGCAUUACUACCUCUUGUUACCCCGUCCCUUCCAUCUGUUUCCGGGACCCAGUCAAUGACUGGUUUGACAGCCUGGCUGAGUGUUUACAUUGGAAUGUCCGCAAGAAACAAAACCAUUUCACAGGCGAUGAGGAAGAGGAGUACUAGAAGUGACCAUGUAUCAGAGACUUAAGUGCUGAGGCCGUACCUUUUUCCAUAUACGGCAAUCUAUUUCCUUCAAAUAUGUGUCCUGGGCAAUAGACCAAAACAGACGGACAUGCUUUCACGAGCUACCAGCUGCAAAGUACUCUUCCACCGACAACCAGCUUCCUAUUUAUCAAACUAUACUGAUCUCUUAGUAUUUUAAGACAGAAGUUUAUAUGUGUGUUUCUUAUGAAUGAAACAAAAAAAAAAAGAUUUACAAAAAACUAGCUGUUUGCUGUUAGUAAGGCCUGCAUUGUAUUGUCAUUUAUCAGUACAACGUAAGCCAAUACUGACAUCAAAACGGUUAUAAAGAGUUGUUUACAUUUUAUAAUAAAUUGCCCCAUGCCUGAUAAAUACUAUACAAUUAGUAUAGAAUAUAUCCAGAGGUUAUUUUGUGAAAUCUGUGAUUUACAUAUUGUACAUUUAUUGAAAAUACCAGGCAAGACCCUUCCUCAUUCCUUAUAUCCCCCAUUCUCCUAUUGUGCAACCCAUGUCCUGAUUGUGUCUGUUACUGGAGACUAAUUAAUACAUCCCAAAUCAUCAGAUCUGCUCAAUGGUGCUGGAAAAACAGUAACAGCUGUUACCUUAUCAGCGAUGCCAGAAAGACUGCCAUACUUUUGUGAGUUAUCAGUCUCAACGUGUACAGUCUGGUGGAGCAGAAGCUCAUACUGUCUCCAUAAAAUGAAUCCUCACAUGAAAUAGUAGCCUGUUAACACAUUAUAACAUUGAUCACUCUUGCACAGCACUUCCUAUCUUGUUAAUUGCAGUUUAAUCUUUUUCAUUUGGCAACCAAAUGUAAAUGUGUUUUCUACUCCGGGUAAUUUAAAGCAACACUAUCACCUAAAGUGGUAACAACAAAUGAUGUUCACUGCAUAAUAGUUGCAGAAUGGGGACGUCAGCAGGAGCACCAAUGACAGCCUACAGUAGCGCAAUUGUAGCUUUUUAUUUGUCCUCCCACCUUGUUGUGAGACUAACUAUGGAACCUGGGGAGUGCUGAGCUUAUAUAAUGAUCUGCCCUCAGUCUGAAAGGGGCCAGUUAAACUAAUCCGGGUCGAGUGACCUGGUAUUUCAACUCUGAUAACGACCAGGGUUUAACACUGCUUCAACCAGGGUCACGGUACAUGUGAACAGGUAAGCCGGGUCAAUGCAACUUAGCACCUGUGCACACUAUAGAAAGAGGCUGCGCUUGGAGAUUGUCUUAUCUCCAAGCGCCACCUCCGCACGCGUCACCAGUGACCUCACCAACCCAGCAAUAUGCUGGGUCCAUCCAUGGUCUGAAAGGUGUCUCUUGCCGGGAUGCACCUGGGAUGUAUCAGUGUACAAAUCCCAGUUGCGACCUGAUAUAGGUGGUCUGAAUGCUGGUGGAUGGGAUGCCAGCGGCCUUAUGCCUGAACCUGCAUCCUGAUGCACAGAAUCCCUUCCCACAGGUUAACCCUUGCAGCCUAACCCUCCCCGGUGGUACCUAAAUCUAACUCUUAACCCUAACUCUCCCCAAAGGUCCCUAACCCUCACUUCCCCACAGCCUAACCCCCCACCCCCAUGCCCCUGCGGCUAAAAUCUAGGGGACCCCAGCAUAUUUAUGUUUGGGAUGUAGGCGGCCGGGUUUCCGGUGUCGUUACUCCAAGUGUUGUCGGAAUUCCGACUCCAGGAUUUUAGCCGCGUUGGGACUCUGGCGCCAUUAUUUUGAGCGCUGGCAUCCUGACCGCAACCCCUAAAUACAUACUGUAUAUUACCAUGUGGAAAAUACAAUUUUUUUUUUAAAAGGACAUUGAAGAGACACACAAAAUGCUAUAAAUCACUGUUAAUUUUCACAUGUACAAGAUGCUUUGUUGAAAAAUCGCCCCACAAAUCUAAGCACUUUAUUCUUUUCUGUAAUAAUUUGGCAACCAUUGACAGACUGAUUUAUGUUGCAUAGUUGUUAGUGUUCACUUAUAAAGGGAUGCAUUUAUCAUCCUAAAGCAUAACAGUGUGUUCUUUCUUUAUUCAGCUAAAGUUUAGUUCAAGUGGAGCUGCAGCUGUAACCUUAGAGACGAUGUGGACCUGUGCAUAGAGCUGAGUAAAACCUUCAUUUUGGGGUGAUUCAGUUCAGCGCUGGAGGUUUGCACCAUGGCCCUCAUUCCGAGCUGAUCGCAUGGUAGAAGUUUUUUUGCAGCCGUGCGAUCAGAUAGUCGCCGCCUAUGGUGGAGUGUAUUUUACCAUAGCAAGUGUGCGAUCGCUUGUGUAGGGGAGCUGUGCAAAAAGUUUUGUGCAGUUUUUGAGUAGCUCUGAACUUACUCAGCCACUGCGAUCACUUCAGCCUGUCAGGUCCCGGAAAUUGACGUCAGAUACCCACCCUGCAAACGCCUGCGUUUUCCACGGCACUCCCAGAAAACGGUCAGUCCAGAAACGCCUUCUUGCUGUCGAUCACCUUGCGAUCGCGUUCUUUGGAAGGACCCACGCAGCCCGGCGUUUCCCAUCACGGCACAUGCACAGUUCAGACCCGAUUGCAACGCUGCGAAAAACUGCAGCGUGCGAUCGGGUCAGAAUGACCCCCUAUAUGCUCUGCUGCAGACUUUCAGAAAUUACAAUACAUAAAAUAUUGCUUAUUUUUGCUCGAAUUAGGUGCAAGCACAAUUAAGCUAUGACUCUCAACGUUAUUAUCCUGUGGAGUGCCAUGGUGUGAGGCUCUUACGGGACCUGGCGCUGAAUUUUAAUAGCUUUUCCUGAAUACAUGAACCUAAUUCAUUUUCAUAUGCAUAAAAAAUAAACACAUUGUGUGUUAAAUAAUAGCAUCCCUUUAAAGAUCACUAAUGUGCACAUAAACUGUUCUGUUAACUGUAUUCUAAAUGUUGGUGUUUGACAGUCAUGGUCUUCAGAACAUUAGUUAUGUGUGUGUGUGUGUGUAUAUAUAUAUAUAUAUAUAUAUAUAUAUAUAUAUAUAUAUAUAUAUAUAUAUAUAUAUAUAUAUUAUAUACACACACAUCUCCAUGAACUGUCAGUUCUGUCAUGUUGCCAAAUGUUACAUUGCUCUAAAUGACUUAGCAUCUUCUCCGAUAUACUAUUUAUAUAAGAACCCCAGAACACACACAACCAAUCCUGUGCAGGAGUGUUCAGUGUUACAGCGUCAAUGUACUCAUAUUUCUGUUUUAUUUAUUUUCGUUAAAAUACAUAUCCAUAACUAAACUGUUUUCUUUGUAUACAAAUUCUGUUGUAUUGUGCAAUUUCGUACUUUGCUUACUUGCAUAAAAUUUGCAUAAAUUUCUACAGACAUUU